GGGAUCUCUCGUCUUUUGUUGUCCUUGCUAGAAUUUUUGGACAACACGUACCUACGUAUUUGAGGAAUUUGUUCGAUAAAGCAGAUACAUAUUAGGGUGAGAAUUUAUAUUGUCGCUGUGACAAUGCUGUCGAGCAGAAGCACAUUUGCAUUUCAACAGCAUCUGCGACGGAAGAUUUUGACCGUCGAUACAUUUUACCUUACAGAAUUACAGAAAAAUUGUAGAAAAAAUGUAUAUGAAUACAAACAAACUCGCAAUUUUAGAAAUUUCGGCCAUACUGGAAGAAAAUUUCGCUUAAGCUACUUUAUACCAUUUAUUAUUUGUAGCGCUGGUAUGCUUAUAAACUGUUUUGAUUGGCAACGUAUGCUUAACUUAGUACCUAAAGUAGAUGCUGCCAGUAUCCUAGUAGAAGAGACUCAGAAUAAUGAAAGUAUAGAAAGUAUUGAACAAGAUGUACAGAAGAAGAAGAAGAACAAAAAACAGAAGAUUGGAUUUCGCGAUAGAAAGAUAAUAGAAUAUGAAAACCGUAUAAGACAUUAUUCAACGCCAGAUAAAGUGUUCCGUUACUUUGCAACUCUCCAAGUCACAAGCAACGAUAUACACGAAGUGUUUAUGACGCCGGAUGACUUUUUAAGAUCGAUGACUCCUGGCGUGAAACAGCCCGACGGUCUUGGAUUAGAUCAGUACAGGCGUUACGAUCCAAAGAAUAUUCACACCAAGUUAGAAUUAGAGUUGGACGAAGAUAGUAUCUUCUAUAAACUAGGCAGUGCAGGUCUUAUUACUUUCUCCGAUUACAUCUUUUUACUGACCGUAUUGUCAACUUCUAGACGUCAUUUUGAAAUUGCCUUUAGAAUGUUUGAUUUCAAUGGAGAUGGUGAUGUUGAUUCUGAAGAGUUUGGAAAAGUAGCUACAUUGAUACGGCAACAAACUAGUAUAGGUACUCGACAUCGCGAUCAUGCGACUACAGGAAACACAUUUAAGGGAGUAAAUUCUGCGCUGACAACAUAUUUUUUUGGACCACAAAUGAAUCAAAAGCUAACAAUCGAGAAAUUCUUGGACUUCCAGCAGCAGCUACAACGAGAAAUUCUAAGUCUUGAGUUUGAACGACGAAAUCCGGAUGAGCAUGGCAAUAUCACCGAGGUAGACUUUACGGAAUUAUUGUUGGCUUAUGCUGGAUAUCCUGCGAAAAAAAAAGCAAAAAUGUUAAAGAGAGUAAAAAAGACCUUCAAAGAAGAUCCAAAAGGGAUCAGCAAAGAAGAAUAUCUCAAGUUUUUCCACUUUUUGAAUAACAUUAAUGACGUUGAUACAGCUCUGACAUUCUAUCAUAUAGCCGGAGCGUCUAUCGAUCAAGCGACAUUAAAACAUGUAGCAAAAACUGUAGCACAUGUUGAUCUAAGUGACCAUAUUAUUCAAGUGGUAUAUACAAUUUUCGACGAAAACAUGGAUGGACAACUUAGCAAUCGAGAGUUUGUCGCUGUCAUGAAGAACCGUGUGUUGCGCGGUCUAGAGAAGCCAAAGGAUACUGGAUUUGUCAAAUUAAUUCAAUCCAUGAUGAAGUGUGCAAAAAAUAGCUAUUUCCUGUCGUACGAUAAAUAAUAAAAUAUUCAAAUGUUACUUGAUCAAAUCUUCUUUCAUUAAUUAUAAAGUGCUUUCUUUCAUUCAUUGUAAUAUAUAGAGAGAAAUAAAAUAUGCAAAAUAUAGAAUUAUAAAUUUAAAA